AUGUCACUUCCACCAGUAUUCCUGUCGGAAAUCGACACUCUCACCCGAGAGGUUCUUCUGGCUAAGCCAUCUGACAUCCUUCAGUUUUGUGCAAACCAUUUUUCCAAACGCUUGGAAAAAGAACGCACUCAACUUCUCUCCGCUAAACCGAAGGAUUCUGCUAUGUCUGAAAAUACUUUUCCCGGUAGGCUCGGAAUAAAUCCUUUUGGUCCCGAAAGUAGAGUGGCAAAUAGCGAGAAACCUAGUGCCAGUCAUGUAGUGCGAGCUACAGAGAGAGAUGAAGAUAAAGUCAAUCCUAACUUUAACAAUAAACCUUUGAAAAAUGCCUCGGACGGGUUUCCAGAACACUACGGGAUGGGAAGAAGGACUUCGGUGUCUGCUGAAUCUUUGAACCCGACUGCAUCAUCAAACGAGAGCUGGACACCUCCCUAUCACCGCAAGACCCCCGAACAGCUUGAAAGACUAAAGAAUGCUUUAGUCGAAAAACCUAUACCGGUCAAGGAUAUCAAAGUUAUUUCUCAAGGCGAUCAAGGAGACUUUUUUUACGUCGUCGAGAAGGGUUCGUUUGAUGUUUACGUCAAUCCUGCCGGCUCUGUACAACCAGGUCUCGGGGGGCUUGGAAAUAAAGUUGCUACAAUUGAGCCUGGAGGCUCCUUCGGAGAGUUGGCUCUAAUGUACAAUGCUCCUAGAGCUGCAACCGUCAUAUCAGCGGAAGGGGCAUGCACAUUGUGGUCAUUAGAUCGGAUUACAUUCCGUCGCAUAUUGAUGGACUCAACCUUCCAGCGUCGUCGCCUAUACGAAAGCUUUCUUGAAGAAGUAACCCUACUCUCAACACUAACCAAAUAUGAACGCUCUAAGAUUGCAGAUGCCCUGGUAACUCUGAAGUAUCCAGCAGGUACUACAAUAAUAAAGGAAGGAGAUGCUGGCGAAGAAUUCUACCUCCUAGAAAGUGGUGAAGCCGAAGCAUUUAAGGCCGGCUCCCAAAAUGCUGUAAAAUGUUACAGCAAGGGUGAUUAUUUUGGGGAGCUCGCCCUGCUCAACGAUGCCCCAAGAGCUGCAAGUGUGGUAAGCAAGACUGAGGUCAAGGUAGCAAAACUAGGAAAAGAUGGAUUUCAAAGACUUUUAGGUCCUGUCGAAAGCAUCAUGAGACGAACGAAAUAUGAAGGAGUGGAAGAAAUUGAUCCUCUUUACCAGAAGUGA